AUGGUUCCAGACAGCUCCCCAGAGACUCCUGUGUGUGGAUUAGUCUUCCUUCUCCUCCAGUCUUCAAAGACUGUCAGAGAUACCCCCACUGGCCCAGAGGUGUGGCUGCGCCAGCAGGCGCCCAGGUGUGGGGACAAGAUCUACAAUCCUUUGGAGCAGUGUUGUAAUGACGACACCAUCCUGCCCCUGAAUCAGACCAACCUCUGUGGCCCUAGUUGCACCUUCUGGGCCUGCUUUGAGCUCUGCUGCCCAGAGUCCUUUGACUCCAAGAAGUAUGUUGUGAAAUUGAAGAUUCUGGGUGUGAAGUCUCGGUGCUAUUCCUCCCCCAUGUCUGGGGACGGUGCCAGGUAA